AACCGGCGAGGCCACAAAUUUAUGCCUGGAGAUAAAGUCAGCAACUUCAAGAACUGGGAACGCCAUUAUUUCUUUGUUCGUUCCGACCUCAAAUCUUCCAAGCUCCCGCUCUCUGGCCGAAAGAGGAUGUGGAAUAAGGAUCCGGAUCGCCACAAACCCAGCCGAGAGUUUCCUGCCAAAUACGAGGAAAUCAGGUCGGCCAUCUUCCGUGUGCAGAACCAAACUUGGAAGGACAUCACUAGGGAGAGAGUCGCCCGCAUAAUGGGAAGAGUAAAGAGGAAUUUUGUUAGUUUUGCAGCGCGUCUGCGAGGUUCACCGCUUCCUCUGCCUCAUGCCCCGGAGGGUGGUCCUUCAGCCUGGGAUCCUAUAAAUACUUUAGCUCUGGAGUUGCCUGAGGUAACCGGCGGUUCAGCCGAAGGCGAUCUUGCUCCAGUAGAGACCGAGAUCGCUGGGCAUACUGAAGAUCGGACCAAAGCCGGUACACCGGAGGUCACUAGUUCGACCGCCAACCCCCAGGCCGAUGUACCUGAAAUCAUACAGGUCGACGUCGACCUAACCGUCCCUGGAUCAACCGGGGACGCCCCUCCUGUAGAGGAGGCAACUGCCCUGGAGCAGAAGACCAAGUCCCAAGAGGACAAAGGAAAGGGUAUCGAGAUUGGCGAGAAAAGGAAUGCUUCUAAGGCUGUACUAGGAGAUAAAUACAUGAUGAGGGAUCAGGAGCCCACCAGCCAUCUCUGGUGUAACAUGGCCGUUCCUGGAGCGCGGGCGAUCUCCGAUCCGGAUGAGCUAAUCUUCAGUGCUGCGUACAAGAAGUUUGCUCGCUUCUCCUUCGAGACCAACGCGCUGGCUAACGACCUGUUCGGUUGGUGUGACCGGAAACUUAAGCUGAAGUACGGGGACAGGGACCGUUUUAUGUUACUGAGCUCGGUCUUUGAGCAAGAGAAGCGCAACCAUGAGGAGCUAAAAAAGAAGUAUGAUCUCCUGAAGGCGGAGUCUGAAACCCAUUCAGCCGAAGUCGCCUCUCUUAAAGAUGAAGUUGCCAAGCUCGUUAAGCGGGAGGCUGAACUUGCGGAGGAGGUCACCAGGCUUGGGAAUAGGGAGGUCUCGCUUAUGGGGGAAGUCUCCAAAUUGGAAGCUAAUGUGGCUUUCUCUAGGGACCACGAUGAGAGGGAGCUGAACAGGUUGCGGAAUGACCGAUUCGCCAAGGUCAGCCGCACUACUCAGAAGGCUGAGGCUCGCCUUGACAAGGUCAAGAGUUAUAUUAAGGAGCAUGAGCAUGUUGUCCAGCCCAGAAUGGAUGCCAUGAACCAGUCCAAAGGUGCUCAGGAGAUCGUGACAGUCCUUAUCAGCCGAGGUGCUGUCGUUUCGGAGGUCGAGCUGGAGAAUCUGGCUAAAAAAGCCAAGAUUGCCGAAGAGGAGGUUGAUGCUCUGAAUGUUAUUAAGCUCUCAGAUGUUGAUCUCAACAUGUCUCCUGAUCAGCUCGGCUUUGGGCUUACUCGGCUAGACUCUCAGUUGAAUCUGGAAUCGAGGCGACAGGCAGAAAGAUUUCUUUCAUGCGUCGAGGGUCGUCAUAAAAAGUACCGUGAUCUGUUGAUCUUUCACGAGGAUCGCCAAUCCGAGCUUUUGUAUAAGCUAAGUUUGUUGGAGUCUCAUCCACGAGAUUGGUUAAAGAACGGCUUCCAACGGUUAGCCCAUAUGCCAGAUGCUCUUGUAUCUUACUGCCAAGAUUGCGCACAGGCUGCUUGUUCUGUUUUGAGGGCAAGGGAGCCAGGUCUCGUCGCAGACGGGGAUUUCAUUCCGAGUUCGCCUACGAUGUUCUACCUUGGUCCAUCGGUUUCUAAGGCUGAAUCAACCGAGUCGCAGAAUUUUGUCAACCUGAUCGGACUCGAGCAUCAAGAUCAGUGCCGCGAAUUUCAAUAUUUUCGAAUCAAGAAGCGUAAGGUGGACGACCGCUUAGAAGAGCUUGAAGCUGAAGUUGCCAAAUUGAGAGCUAAGCGGAAUAAGGUCCUUAUUCGUCUAGACGAGAUUGAGAAAACAACGAGGGCUUUGGAGAUUGGCUCAGAGGAUUGGGAGAAGGUCGGUCUUCAACUGGUGUGGCCUAUGCCAGAUCGUCUUCUAAGGGAUAACCGACAUGUUACUGGUCAGACGAGCUGAAGCUUAUAUGUCCUUUGUUCGACUAGAUUAGCUUUCCGAUGUUUUUUGUUUUUAUCUUUUUGAAUAAGACAUCAUUGUAAUGGCGAUUACCUUGAUUAUCAAGUUUAUGAUUUUUCUUUUAAAUAGAGCACCAUUGUAUUU